AUGGAAGAGAUUUCUGUAUCGUUCCAGAUCUUCUAUAUUGUUGUCCCUCUAAUCAGCAUAAUUGGAAACUCCUGCUUAGUCUAUGUAACUAUUCGGUCGAGAAAAUUGCGAAGCGCUUGCAACAUCUUCAUCGCAUUGAUUGCUGGAAGCGAUGUUCUUCAUAUGUUUGCUCAUUAUAUUAUGCUUUCAGUUUAUCAUUUCUCAUCGAAUCAGCGAAUAAACCGCAGCGUGUGCAUUCAGUUACAACUCUUGCCAACAUUUGGCGCAGGCCUCUCCUCCAUAAUCAUAUUCAGCGUUGCUAUCGACAGACUAAUGUCAUUGCAAAAGUUCUACUAUAUGCUUACUAAAACGCACUACACUCUAUAUAUUGCUUCACAUUUGGGAAUAGCUGCCAUGCUCAUGUUGGCUGUUGUCAGUUGCGCUUGGGCAAUGCGAAAUUCUGAUGAGGUCAUCUGUGGCAUAGCGGAUGCUAUGCAUGGUCAAUUAUUUAUGCUAUAUUUGACCGCACUAAGCAUAAUCGGUCUACUUACUCUAAUCACAUAUGUCGCCUUUCUUCUGAAAGUGAGAAGAAUGACCAUAAAUCGAGAUAAGAAGGAUAUCUAUCGUUCAUUGCUCGUAACAAAUUUUUUCAUCGUGUUUGGGUGGCUUGCAACUGGAUCCGGAAUCGUUGUGAAUGAUGUCUUUAACAUCGCGAUCGAUAAUUUUUCUUUGGGUUUGGUUAUCGGGAUAACGGGAAACAUCUCUAUCGCGUCCAACUUUUUCGUAUACUAUGCAAUCAGUAAACAAUAUCGCACAUCAUUUGAUCACUAUCUGCGCAUCUCUUCUAUUAAGUCCGCUCUGGGGCUUACCACUUCAACAUUCACAACCUCGGUUAUCACGUUUAUUAAAUGAUCGAUGCUUGUGCCUGCUUCCGAUUUGACGUAUUCGCAG